CCACACUCUCCAAACUUCUCCAUAUCUCUUAUCUCCUAAGUCAAUGAGACCUCACUCACUCUCCCUGUAGUCUAGGUCUUAUUUUCUCCUCUGCUCCUUUUUGCAGUCCCUUUCACCUUUCCUUUGCUUCUCCAACAAUAACCUCUCCCUCAAAUCGAUCGCCCUGAGUAGUUUUAGCUCACAAAAAAUCAAUCAAGAAUUAUUAGUUGCAAAGCUAGCUUAAAAUCUCGAAGAUGUCGGGGCGGCGAGCAUCGGGCAGGAUCACCGACGACGAGAUCAACGAGCUCAUCUCCAAGCUGCAGUCCCUCCUCCCGGAGUCCUCUCGCCGCCGCGGCGCCACCUCCCGGUCGCCGGCGACGAAGCUGCUGAAGGAGAUGUGCAGCUACAUCAAGAGCCUGCACCGGGAAGUGGACGACCUGAGCGAGCGGCUGUCGGAGCUCAUGGCGACCAUGGACAGCAACAGCCCUCAGGCCGACAUCAUCCGCAGCCUCCUCCGCUAGCGUUGCUUCCUUUGCUUCCACAACAAAUUACACGCAUGAUGAGAAUCGAAGACAGCAUCCAUGCAUCCAUGGUCCAUGCUUGCAGGAGGGGAUGAUCAAUUAAUCAAUUGAUCUAAUAAUAGUUAAUCUCUGUUUCGUGUUAAUUACUCCUAAUUAUUAGCGGGUUAAUUUUGUGUUGGUCAAACUCGAAGCCCUUUGUUUAAUUAACUAGGAGAUUAAAGGGUUUGUUUAAUUAGUUAUCUACGGACAAUCGAAUGGAAUGGCUGUUAUAUAUGUAUCAGCACGCAUGCAAAAACUUAUUCUGAUGGAUAUGCAUGCAUAUGCUGAGUAGUUUGUAGCUAGGUUUGCUUAAUUUAAUUUGUUUCCCAAAUGGCAUGCACACAAACGAAGAAAGCUCAUACAUGUGAUGCAAAAUUUGUUUGUCUCCGGUGUCACAUGUACCUCUUCUGCUGCCAUGUGUUUGGAUGUGGAUGCCAAUUUGAUUAGGAUUCAAUUUAAAUUUGAAUAAAUUAUAUAUACUACCUCCGUUUUUAAUAAAUGAUACCGUUAACUUUUUGUCACACGUUUGAUCAUUCGUCUUAUUAAAAAAAUUAAUAUAUAAUUAUAAUUUAUUUUGUUGCGAGUUGUUUUAUCACUCAAAAUAAUUUAAGCACGAUUUAUAUCUUAUAUAUUUCUAUACAAUUUUUAAAUAACAUGAAUGGUCAAACAUGUAUAUGUGUUCAAAAAUCAACGGUGUCAUCUAGUAAAAAAGUGAGAGUAUAUAUAGAAUGUUGCAUGAUUACUUAGUUCCAAUUAAUAUAUGCAAUCUAGAAUACCUAGUGAAAUGUUGACAAUCUUGAAAAUUAAUUACUGGUAGACCUGAUAAAAACGGAAUGUAUAGUACUAGUAUAUAUUAUAUUUAGGCUUUUUUCACGAGAUGUAUAUUAAUUACUCGUGAAUGCAAUUAAUGGAUGAAGGGAAAUUUUGCAAGCGAUUCGAUCACAUCAAUCGGAAAAAAGAACUACUGUGCAAGAACCUUAACAAGCAAGAUAAGAAGGUAGUCCACCCGAAUUUUAUACUACAAUGGAAAAUGUAGCUUAAUAUAUAGCAAUAUACAAAGGUUUAAUACUUAACAAUGAAAUUUGGCAUUUAAUCCAACUAUGCAAGAACGGUGCAAUAAAUUAGUAAAAUAUUAAAACUAUGGUUGGUACUGAUACGUAUGGCACUGCAACAAAAACAAUGCAUGUGGAGAUACUUUUGUAGAGGUGAUUUUCAAACUGUAUGUAAAAUCAUUAGUUCAUUAAUUGUUAGAAACACUUUUUAGAAACAUUUUAAAGACCACCUAAAUACUUUUGCCCUAAAAGCAGUGUACGUUAAGGUAUUUUAGAGAUAUUUGUUGAUAAAUUUAUCUUGUAGCUAGAGGUAUUUUUUAAAGGACUAUAAUUUGUCGCCUCAUGUAUAAAGGCAUUGUCUUUUUGCAAGGU